AUGGCAAUAAACACAGCUCCCAUGAAAAUUGCUACCAAAAUGAGUCGAAAGAUCACUGAGAAAUUAGAUUCCUCCCAGAAUAGAUCAGUAAGAAGACCCACUUUAAAAGAGAUGCAAGAAAGGGAGUACCCUUUCCUUGAGUCCGACUUACAAGGAAUGUUUGAUGAUCUUUUCAAGGAGAAGCUCCUUGAACUUCCCGACAUGAAGCGUCCGGAGGAAGCCGGUCAAGUCAAUGAUUCGAAUUAUUGCUGUUAUCACCGCUUGAUUGGUCACCCUCUCACUAAAUGCUAUGUCUUUAAGGACAAAAUUAUGGAAUUAGCCCGCCAAGGAAAAAUCCUUCUUGAGGAGGAUAAAGCAUCGGCAAACCAAACAACAAUAAUAUUUGGGUCUGUGUGUUGUCCGAUAGAAGUUUUAUCCACAACAAGCAGCGCUUUGUCCAAGGAGCUUGAAAAAUCCUCAAUUGAAGAUGUUAUUGAAGAUGACAAUGAAGGAUGGACUUUAGUCACUCGGAAGAAGACUUGCAAGCCAAGAAUAAAGAAGUACAUCUUUUCGAAAAGCAUUCAUUCGACAAAGCCAAAACGCAUUCAAGAGGUUCGGCAGCCCGUGACACUGAGAGAAUUUAUACCCAAGGGGUAUUUAAGUGACGAUACCGAUGAUUUCACUUCUUGUAAUGUCGUCAAAGUUGAAAAUCCUCAAGUCACACAAAUUGGCACUGAAUUUGAGAAAAAACUCAAAGUCGAUGAUAAACCACCGGUGGAUUGUGCAACGACCAUCAUUUUUUAUGAUAAUGAUUUAACUGUUGAGUUCAAGACCCACAAUCGACCUUUGUUUGUUAGUGCAUAUGUUCGAGAACAAAAGAUGAGUCGGGUACUCAUUGAUGGGGGAUCUGCUGUCAAUAUCAUGUCCGUACGUGCUAUGAAAGAGUUAAGAAUCUCAAGUGAUGAACUCUCCCAGAGCUGCCUCAUGAUCCAAGGAUUUAAUCAAGGAGGGCAAAGAGCAAUUGGUCUCAUAAGGCUUGAAUUGCUCAUUGGUGAGCUGUCUUCAAGUGCGUUAUUUCAUAUCAUUGAAGCCAAAACCUCUUAUAACAUGCUUUUGGGAAGACCCUGGAUUCACGAGAAUGAAAUUAUACCAUCGACUCUGCAUCAAUGUUUCAAAUAUUGUCGAGACGGUAUUGUUAAGAAAGUUAUUGCCGAUAACAAACCUUUCACGGAAGCCGAAACUCACUUUGUCGAUGCCAAAUUUUAUCUUCACAAAGAAGCAAAAAGAAAGGAAUCGGUAAGGGAAGAAAGUCAAGAUUCCAAAGUACCCAUUUGGCGGUAUACUCCAAGAUCAAAGAGAGAAGAAGGUCAGUCUUCUUUUAUCAGAAAUGACACAUUAAAUGUUCCGCUCACCAAAAUAGAGCCUGUUAAAAUUGAGAAGGUGAGCUUGCAAGGGUUUGUUCGUCCCAAAGAAGAACCGGCAGUGGAACAUUACUCGCUACCAACUAAUCGGACUCAAGAAGGUUUUGAUCCAAACGCCUAUAGACUUCUUGCUAAGGCGGGUUAUAACCCAAAUGAGAAGAAUACAUUGGGCAAACUCCCUCCUGAAGUGACUGGCGAGAGGACUCACGGAUUGACACCUACGCAAAAAAUGUUGAAAGAAAGGGGUUAUAAUGUUGAAAGUUCAUCGAUGGGUCUUGAUUAUCAACCGCCCUCUCCUGUUCGUAUAAUGAUCAAAAGAGCGAGUUGUAACUAUGUGAACGAAGAAAUGGAGGUCACAAGCCGAAAGAGAUCUGUGUCCGACCGAUUGGGAAAUAAGUCAAAACGUACUUCUGUGUUUGACAAACUUGGCCCGCAGCUGAAAAAUCUGAAGUCGCCCAUCUAUGAGAGAUUAAGCAGUAAGAAACAAGAGUAUCAAGUUGUCAGGGAAGAAAGUCUCGCUCCAAUAAAGAAGAACAGACCAAGAAAGCGAGUCUCCAAUUUCUUCAUGCACUAUGGAGACUUAUUCAAUGUAAGAAUUGAAACCAUUUUUGAAGAACAGGGUCAAGAAAGUACGGCUUCCUGUCACCAUAUUACGAUCAGUGAUCUUGAAGAAGAAGAAGAAGAUGCAGAUGACGCUCCCGCUGAACUUGAACAAGGGGUAAAAAAUACGGUUGAUGAGCUAAAAGAGAUUAACCUUGGCACAAGCGACGAUCCUCGCCCGAUUUACAUAAGCUCUUGUAUGACUCCUGAAGAAGAAAAAGAGUAUGUUGAUUUGCUGCUCGAGUUCAGGGACGUCUUUGCCUGGAAUUACUCAGAAAUGCCUGGUUUGGAUCCAAGGGUCGCCGUUCAUAAUUUGUCCGUCAAGCGAGGAACAAAACCUGUCAAGCAAACGCAAAGGCGUUUUCGGCCCGAAUUGAUUCCUCUGAUAGAAAAUGAAAUAAAUCAAUUAAUUGAAGCCGGAUUCAUACGAGAAGUAAAAUAUCCAACAUGGAUUUCAAGCAUCGUCCCUGUAAGGAAGAAGAAUGGGCAAAUUCGAGUUUGUGUUGACUUUCGAAACUUAAACGAGGCUUGCCCUAAAGACGAUUUUCCUCUCCCCAUCACAGAAUUGAUGGUAAAUGCUACAACCGGGCAUGAAGCACUAUCUUUUCUCGAUGGAUCGUCUGGCUACAACCAAAUACGUAUGGCGCCCGAGAAUGAGGAGCUAACUACCUUCCGCACCCCCAAGGGAAUUUAUUGCUAUAAAAUAAUGCCGUUUGGCUUGAAAAAUACUGGAGCGACAUAUCAAAGGGCAAUGCAAAGAAUAUUUGAUGAUAUGCUCCAUAGAAAUGUGGAGUGCUACGUUGAUGAUCUUGUGGUGAAAUCAAAGAAGUGA